AUGGGCGUUUGCUGCAAUGUUCGCCAACAUCCUCACUGCCGUGCCAUUCGUGCUUUUGUAGUCAACCGCGGUCAGUCGUCCAACGACACCUUCCCGACUGCCAUGCACAUUGCAGCGGCAGAGCAAAUUACCCACAACUUGCUCCCGGCUGUGGAAACGCUGCGUAACACGCUCCAUGCAAAGUCAAAGGCGUUUGCUGGAAUCACCAAAAUCGGCCGCACGCAUCUGAUGGAUGCCACGCCCGUCACGCUGGAGCAAGAGUUUUCCGGCUAUGUGGCUCAGCUGGAUCAUGCCCUUCGCGCGGUUCGAGCCGCGCUGCCGCAUGUUUUCGAGCUGGCGCUUGGCGGGACGGCGGUUGGCACUGGGCUCAACACUCACCCCGAGUACGCCGUGCGGUCUGCCGCCCACAUUGCCCAGCUCACUGGCUUGCCGUUUCGCUCGGCGGACAACAAGUUUGAGGCACUCGCGGCGAACGAUGCGCUCGUGGCCUUGCAUGGCACGCUCAAAACCCUCGCUGCCGGCCUCAACAAAAUUGCAAACGACAUUCGCUGGCUCGCCUCGGGGCCGCGUUGUGGCUUGGGUGAGCUGGUCAUUCCGGAGAACGAGCCCGGGAGCUCCAUCAUGCCUGGCAAAGUAAAUCCGACCCAAAGCGAGGCAAUGACCAUGCUCUGUGCUCAAGUCAUGGGAAAUGACGUCGCAAUCAAUAUUGGCGGCAUGUCCGGCAACUUUGAACUGAACGUGUUCAAGCCGCUCAUCAUUCACAACGUCUUGCACUCGAUUCGACUGCUGGCAGACGGAUGCCGUGGCUUUAACGAGUUCUGCGCUGUGGGGAUUGAGCCAAACCGCCAACGCAUCGCUCAGCAUUUGCAAAACUCGCUCAUGCUGGUCACUGCCCUAAAUCCGCACAUUGGCUACGACAAUGCUGCCAAAAUUGCAAAGAAGGCGCACCACGAUGGCACAACGCUAAAGGAAGCGGCCGUUGCCUUGGGUCUGCUGACGGCUGAGCAGUUUGACAGCUGGGUAGUUGCCGAGGAUAUGACCGGGCCGAAGAUAUAA